AUGGCGCUCGCCGCGGCGGUCCGCGCGGUAGCGGCCGACCUGGAUGAGAUAUUCCCAACGGGCGACCUCCUUAAAAUUAAGCUGGACGACGGCUCGGUGUACGCGUGCUUCCGGGCCCAAGACAGCGGCGAGCGCGUCACCGCGACCAUCGUGUACUCGGACCCCUCCGCAUACCCCCACUCGGGGGCCCUGGUGAUGGCGGACGGCGACCCAGCGGUUGCUUCGAAGCUGGACGGCCUGGCCGAGCGGUUCCAGGACCGCGCGCCGCUGCCGCUCGUGCUGUCGAAGGUCUGCGACGCCUUGGAGGUGGUGUAUGUCGAGGAAGCCCUCCGCCGCCACGAUCCCCGCGGCCGCAGCAGCGCCGGCGGCGGAGGCGCCGCCGCCGCAGCAGAGGCCCCGCUGCCCUCCGCCGCCAACAACGUCGGCGCCGAGCCGAUGAGCGAGGGCAGCGACGGCGGCAACGGCGGCGGCGGCGGCGGCGGCGGCGGCGGCGGCCUGGGUAGUGACAACGACGACGAGGACGGCCGCGGCGGCGCGGCGGGCAGCGCUGACGACAGCGGGAGCGAGGACGAGGCGGGGCGGUCAGGCUCUGACAAUUCGAUGUCAGAGCAGAGCAGCGAAGACGAGGACAGGGACAUGCUGGUGGAGUGCGGGGUGCGGCAGGGGAAGUGGGAGAGGCACGAGGCGGAGCUGGCAAAGGCGACCCAGGCGACGGCGCUGUCGAUGGAGCAGGCCGCGGCCAGCAAGCGUCAGAUCUUCACGAGCGCCGAGGGCUUCAAGAUGCUCUCGAACGAGCUACUGGCCAUCAUCCGCAAGGAGGACCCGACGCUGUUUGCAGACUCGGUCGGGGACGAUGUGUACAAAUGGGACGUGUGGCUCAGCAACUUUGACGCGGGCUCGCAGCUGGCCAAGGACAUGGAGGUCGUGUCGCGGCGCUACGCAUACAGCACCCUGCAGCUGCGCUUCAGCUUCAUGCGCGGCCUGCACCCCUUCUUCCCGCCACUGCUGGAGGUGGUGCGCCCCCACCUGGCGCCCCCCAUGCUGGGCGCGCUGUGCAGCCACCCCAUGCUGCGGCUGGCGAACUGGGACCCCUGGAGGCCGAUGGAGGAGGUGGUGGGGGCCAUCAAGGCCUUCGUGGAGGCCAACGGGCGCGUGGACGUGGACCACCCGCUCAACUCCCACCCGGAUCGCGCCUACAGCCCCCUGGAGGCUGCCCUGGGACGCCUGGAGGCGCUGACUGACGUCCAGGCCGCGGCGCACGCGCGCUACGCAGCGCUGUACGCGGCGCGCGACGAGUACGGCAGGCUCGCAGCCUUUUGA